GUUGGCAUCAAUAUCAUCCGCCUUUCAUCAUCCUUACCGCUUUCGGAGACGUCGUUCCAUCCAUUGCUACUGGAGAGUUUAUCCACGGCUUGACUGAGGAGGGUGCGCGAAGCCACCGCGUGAGGUCGGUAGAAGGGAGGGAGCGCGAGAUUCGAGGACGCGACGAACUGUACGCAAGGUAGAAAGGCGAGAAGGCGGACUGCGGAGCUGAAGACCACGACCAUGGCUCGCCCUGUGAAUGGUGUGGCGGCUAUGGCGGCCUUGCUUCUGGUCGCGGUUGUGUGUGUUGCGGUCCCCGCACGAGCGCAACCUCCGUUGGUGACCAUCGACUCCGUCACCUUUACGGGCUCGGGCUGCAACUGGGGGAACACCAACUACGUGCUGUCGAACGACUACAAGAUCCUCACCGUCCUGUUCGGCGGUAUGAUUGCCACGACGGACUCUGGGCUGGCGGGCAAGCGCAAGAACUGCCAGAUCUCGCUGGGCUUGAAGUAUCCCAACGGGUUCAGCUUGACGCUGGGGAAGGUGACUGGCCGCGGCUUCGCCGACGUUGGUUACAGCUCCACGGGCACCUAUCAGACGAGCUACUACAUUUCGGGACAAACUGGGACGUCGUACGCGACACGCACGAUCCAGGGCCAGUUCACCGGCAACUACGAGUUCACGGACGAGCUGUCGAGGCUCAUCUGGAGCAACUGCAACAAUGCUCCCAACCUCAACAUCAACUCGGAGGUGCGAGUGAAUGGAAAGAAGGCCGUCAUGACGCUGGACUCCUCGGAUCAGAAAUUCGAGCUCUCGUUCAGCAUCGACUGGCUGGCCUGCUGAUGAUGCUCUCACUGCACUCGUCGUGUACGGGUUGUCGUCCGCCGGGCGGAGUCGUUUCGUAAUGUUACGUUGUUCUUUAGAGAGUAACGGGUAGUAGCAAGGGCAGACGGUCCUUGGUUUUUGUCGGAGCGAGCGGGGAUGUGUGCUUCGAGCUUAGCAAGUUCGCCGGUUGCUCUGGGUGGUAGCACCAGUCAUCAAAUGUAUAUCUUUCGUAUGCUUAGGAAGCGACUGUUAGAUAAGAUGAUGUCGGGCACUCAUCAGAUCUUUCGGCUAGAACCCAAAAAGUGUAAGAAAAUGUUUGGUGUAACAAUCGCUCCUCAUCCCGCAGGCAGGCGUCGUACCAUUCUCUCUCUCUCUCUCUCUCUCUCUCUCUCUCUCUCUCUCUCUCUCUCUCUCUCUCUCUCUCUCUCUCUCUCUCUCUCUCUCUCUCACGCUUUCGCUCGCUCGCUCGAUCACUGUCUGUCUCGGGAAACGCCUCUCGACCUCUCGGAGGAUAUGUUUGACACAAUGGGCACGAUCUUCUUUGUUGUGUUCUUCGACAC